AUGCUUCACCCCUCCCUCUGCCCUGCUUCCCCCUCCCUAUGCCCUGCUUCCCCCCUCCCUCUGCCUAGCUUCCCCCCUCCCUAUGCCCUGCUUCCCCCCUCCUUCCGCCCUGCUUCCCCCCUCCCUCCUCCCUGCUUUCCCCCUCCCACCGCCCUGCUUCCCCCCUCCCUAUGCCCUGCUUCCCCCCUCCCUCCGCCAAGCUUCCCCCCUCCCUUCACCCUGCUUCCCCCCUCCCUCCGCCAGGCUUCCCCACUCCCUCUGCCCAGCUUCCCCCCUCCCUAUGCCCUGCUUCCCCCCUCCUUCCGCCCUGCUUCCCCCCUCCCUCCUCCCUGCUUUCCCCCUCCCACCGCCCUGCUUCCCCCCUCCCUAUGCCCUGCUUCCCCCCUCCCUCCGCCAAGCUUCCCCCCUCCCUUCACCCUGCUUCCCCCCUCCCUCCGCCAGGCUUCCCCACUCCCUCUGCCCUGCUUCCCCCCUCCCUCCGCCCUGCUUCCCCCCUCCCUCUGCCCUGCUUCCCCCUCCCUAUGCCCUGCUUCCCCCCUCCCUCCGCCAAGCUUCCCCCCUCCCUUCGCCAAGCUUCCCCCCUCCCUUCGCCCUGCUUCCCCCCUCCCUCCACCCUGCUUCCCCCCUCCCUCCACCCUGCUUCCCCCCUCCCUCCACCCUGCUUCCCCCCUCCCUCCGCCUGCUUCCCCCCUCCCUCCUCCUUGCUUCUCCCCUCCUACCUCCCUGCUUCCCCCCUCCUUCCUCCCCGCUUCCCCCCUCCCUCCUCCCUGCUUCCCCCCUCCCACCGCCCUGCUUCCCCCCUCCCUAUGCUCUGCUUCCUCCCUCCCUCUUCCCUGCUUCCCCCCUCCCUUCGCCCUGCUUCCCCCCUCCCUCCGCCAAGCUUCCCCCCUCCCUUCACCCUGCUUCCCCCCUCCCUCCGCCAGGCUUCUCCCCAUCCCCUUCCUUGCUUCCCCCCAUCCCGCUCCUUGCUUCCCCCCAUCCCCUUACCUGCUUCCCCCCAUCCCGCUCCCUGCUUCUCCCCAUCCCCUUCCCUGCUUCCCCCCAUCCCCUUCCCUGCUUCUCCCCAUCCCCUUCCCUGCUUCCCCCCAUCCCGCUCCCUGCUUCCCCCCAUCCCGCUCCCUGCUUCCCCCCAUCCCGCUCCCUGCUUCCCCCCAUCCCCUUCCCUGCUUCCUCCCAUCCCCUUCCCUUCUCUACACGGCCACCGAAGCACCGCAUCCAGCAGAUCUUCGAGUGGAUCUGCCCUGA